CUCCGCCCUCAGUUGAACAAAGAACGUAGUAGCAACGUGACAGAUAAAGAGAGAGAGGGGACUAGCGAACUGUCGGGAGGUUCUGUGCUAUUCGUACGUCGAUUUCUCACUGCAUCAUUACAAAUCAUGACUCUGCCCGAAGGCACGGAAGCUUCAGCUGCAAUUUGCAACAAAAAACCGAUGAAUUUCGGCAAUAUUGUUAAAGAUUUCCUUAUGCGAGCGUCCGAGGAGGAACGAAUCACUUUUGGGGUGUAUGGAUGUGCGAAACUAAUGGAAGCGAACCCUGACUCUGUGGGGCUGUGUGUCCUGGCCAAGGCCGUACCUGCCGAUGUCUCGGUGGACAUACAAAACACCCUGAUGGAGGCGCAUUGUGUAGAGCACAACGUACGCGUCCUAAAGGUGGACAGCUCCGAAAAGCUUGAGAAAAUACUGUCAUUGCAUUACAAGAAUAACAAGGAGGGCAGCCCCCCGCAUCGGCCGCCUGCUGAAUACACGUGCAUUCUCGUGCAGCACGCGAAGAAGGAGGUUCCGGCGGACGAGAUGUUGUUGGCAUGUUGUGACGAAAUGAUGACAGACGGUGUCCUCUUUCAUCACCCGUUACAGCUUCCGAUUUGAACAUGCCGUCCUCAUCGUCAUCCACGCCAUACUACCUUCCAAGGAACUAUCGCUGGUGAUUGCAGUUUGAUCUCCAUGCUAACUGUUACUCCCUACUGAGCGAAGCGAUUACCUGGCUAAGGACAAGGUUUGGGGUCACAUCCAGCCAGGCCACCGGUCAACACAAUAGCUCCUCCGGUCACUAGUUCCAGUACCCCGGUCAGACACCCAGACAAGGACAGGUGGUCCUUCACACGCUGUAGCAGUAACUACACCGGAAUGGGCGAGCCGAGGUCACCCAUCUGCUGUCGGGGUACCAUUGGCGCUUAUAUUAUUUAAGCAAUACGGGGAGAGCAACAGUGGUUAGUUUAACUCCACGCACCUCUCACCUGGUCUCGGUAGCAAUGGAAUAGUGGCACAGGUGACCCAGCGAUCGGGAACCACCGUAUAACAACCGGCCACUAUAAGCAAUACUGGACAAUGUGAAGAAGCAAUAAAUAAUCCACUAUAAACGGUGAUAACACUCAUCAUGAAUUGAAGACUUGUACAUUUCGUUGUCAAUACCAUCAGCAAAUGAGCACAGUCAUUUAGUCUUGCAUAUUCAUUGUCAUCAUAAAAAGUCAUUGAAUAAAAUAUAUAACUCAUA